UCCCUCUGUAGAACUACGCAUUUUCUUAUUUUAACUUCAAUUCUCAGUAACUGCAGGGCAGUAUAUUCUAGAUAGUGAUAAGGCCGGUCCUCUUGUUCCCAUAAUAUUUUGUAAUAAUCGUCAUUCUUUUCAUUCUUUUCGUUCUCGUUUCGUUCGUUUCCUUCUCCGUUAAAUCAGUUUGCGAUAAUGCAUACUCCAUCGCUACCCCCGAUAUAUGAAGUACUAGAAGACGACUUUGAGAAGGGCGAGUUAGUCUAUUUCUUACCGAAGAGACAGCAGCCCAGAUUUAGAAGGCGGCGACAGUGUGUGCGAGAUGAUACUAGUCAAGGAGUCCUCUCCAUAAUUCUGAUCGCUCUUGGGAUGUUCUUGCUGGGCAUAAUCUUCGCAUUAGCUAUCAUCGAAUUUAGAUCCCAACAUCCUGCGAACGGUAGCUACGAAACCGGGUUCCAAGAGGAGAAGCUAUUACCACCUAGUUCUAUUGAGCUUGAGCAAGUCCAGUUCAAGCUACCCGUAGACUUUGCACCAAACGGAGAUGAGUUCCUCGUCGCUCAGCCAGGCGAUAUAUCUUACAUCGGUACAGCUGCAGAUGUAGAUGCUGCUUGGAAGAAACUCCUAUGGGGAAGAUACUUCUCGAUUUCUGAGACCGAGGCGAAGGAAUUAUGGGGAGAUGAAUACUCAGAGUAUUGGGACCACCACAGGAGCGGCUACACGGCAGGGUUCGACAUGUUCCAUCAGCUGCAUUGCCUGAACCAAAUCAGGCAAGCCUUACACCGCGACGUCUAUCCGGAAACCCCCCUUCAUGGAUCCGUUUACACCGACCACUGUUUGGAUCAACUGCGCCAGUCGAUAAUGUGUUGGGGCAGUACAGCUGUCGUCCCGUUAAAGUAUUUCAAUGGGUACGGCAGUGAAUAUGUGAAGACGGAUGCAAUUCAUACGUGUCGAAAGUUUGAGCCAAUCCGAGAUUUCGUUUCCGAGAGAUUUAAUGGGAGCCUCUUCGUCCCGCGGCCUAGUGGAUGGAUUGAUACAUUGGAUAAUGCCAUUUAAGCGAAUAGACACCUCAUGCCGAGUUGUUUGUAAACCAACCUUGCUAUUAUUAGAAUACCCAUAGAAAAGUCGACUAUACGGGAGAUAGAUCUCCAAGCAAACUUCAUAUCUCCUAGCACAGAUAGUUAUAUACCCCCUCUUUGAAUUAUUAGAUUGCCAUUUCUGAAUUUUAAAUUUUCU